AUGUUUACAUUCAGGCAGCUGAUUCAUUGCUGCCUGAUAGAUAUGAGACUCCUCCACACAACAAAGAUAGCCGUCGUCGAGUUUAUUGGCGUUCCUCCAUCAUACGCUAUCCUCUCGCACAGAUGGGAAGAUGAAGAGGUCACCCUCCGCGACCUUGAGAAUGGGCGUUCCAAACAAAAGAAGGGCCACCCCAAACAGAAGAAAGGCUAUGAAAAACUCCAGGGGAGCUGCGCCCUGGCAUCUAGCGAGGGGUUCGAGUACAUAUGGAUUGAUACAUGCUGCAUCGAUAAGUCCAGUAGUGCAGAACUUUCCGAGGCCAUCAACUCCAUGUUUCAGUGGUAUCAAGACGCCAAAGUUUGCUACGCCUUCCUCAGUGACGUGUCUAAAAGCACUCGCGUUCCCACAACCUCCCGUCAGGAUCUGCGCAAAAUAACUGCCUCGCAAUGGUUUACCCGUGGCUGGACAUUACAAGAGCUGAUUGCUCCUCGGGCUGUUCACUUUUAUAGCCAGGAAUGGGUAUAUCUUGGAUCAAGGAAUGACGCCGCCGAAGCUAUUCAACUUGCCACUGGGAUCUCUACUAGAGCAUUACUUGGGCAGGACCUCUUGAGUAUAUCGAUCUACCAGAGGAUGCAGUGGGCAUCGGCUAGAACGACAACGCGACCUGAGGAUAUGGCAUACUGCCUUCUCGGGAUAUUUGAUGUCAACAUACCCCUCUUAUAUGGCGAGGGAAAGAAGAAGGCAUUUCAAAGACUGCAGGAAGAAAUUCUUAGGAAAUCGACGGAUUUGUCCCUCUUCCUAUGGAAGAUACCCCGGAGUACGGGACAGGGCCCUGACUUGGAGUUUCGAGGUCUCCUCGCCGAGGACCCUUCAUGGUUUGCCCCACGCGGAUUUCAUGGGUUCGAGGAAAGCCCGCGCCGGAGCAUCUCGAGUAUCACAUCCUUGCAGGAUACGGCCAUAGGAAUCACCAACAAAGGCAUCAGCGUUCGGUGGACAAUCAUGCCAGUUCCAACUGACCCUGCCGGAACGCUCCACUUUGCCAUGCUCGCUGGAACAGGCGACACCACGGGCGGUAUUGUCAUUCAGCGGUUGGAUCAAGAAGCCACUCAGUUUUGCCGCGUGCUUUCCGAUGAGGUUAUCUGGUUCGACAGGAGGGGGAAGAAGAUCGUGUUUCGGAGCCAUGAGUUGUUGGGGGAUCCGGAGAGGCUACUAAAUGUCUCCCUCGACUCUGGGCCAAGGUCUUUCUACGUGAGUCCGCACUUCGGCUCGGCGAACAAGCCAUCACUUCCUGGCGUGGGCUUCUCCUUCACCCAGCACAAGUGCAUUGAAGGAAAGCCCCGUCUUAAGGAUUUCUGGGCUGAGAUAGAAGGUGCUUCUGUGGAGUUCUAUCAAGAUUUAGGUUCUGAAAUCCCGACUUGGGUCGCACGAUUUCGUCCUGAGCAAAUUUCCGAACUAUUUCAGACUUCCCGGAGGACAGGCGCGUCAAAGGCUUUGGGAGCAUUGGCUAUAUCGGUUAAAGCUCGAACUAGCCAUGGAACGUAUAUGUACAAGGUUAAACGUGAUCAUUGCGUUGUUGUGGGGGUCGACAUUCUGCCGCAGACAGUCAUCGGUACCACGAACACGUUCCUACAGCCAUGGAUCGUUAAUACUGAUGAGGCAAGCCCAGAAGCGGCUGUCCGAGAUGUUGAUUACCACCUAGAACCGGGAAUGUGGAGGGAGGCUGACGUUGGUGAGGGAGAUUGUCGGUGUAGUCUACGCAAGCUCACACGGGUUUCGGGUCUCUGGUACGAUAUCAGGAUCAUAUUGGAGGGUGAAUGGGAUGACUGA